AUGUCCUAUCAAACAGAUGAUCAGCAACAUGCUUUACGUACACAACCACAAUUAUUAAUGACAAAUCAAACGGACGAGAACGGUCUAGGAAUGCACGCGAAAAUGGCGGCAUUGACAGCCGAGGAUUUCAUUUAUCGUGCACGUUUAGCUGAAAAAGCUCUACGAUACGAAGACAUGUUGAUUCAAAUGAGACAUCUACUCGAUUUGAAAAAGAAAUUGUCUGCUGACGAAAGAAAUCUACUUGUUGUUGCUUAUAAAAACACGGUGACAACACGACGAACAGCGAUUGUCAAAGAUGUUCUAACACCAAAUGCACGAAACGAUGCAGAACAAAUCGCCUUCUACGAACGUAUGAAAGGUGAUUUUAUUCGAUAUGAAAUUGAAAUAGCUUCAGCAAACCUUCGAGAAUCAUUACAAAACGAAGCUAAUCGUUGCUAUUUGAACGCCAAAGAGCUCGCGGAAAACCAUCUACCUGCCUAUCAUCCCGUUCGUGUCGGAAUUAUGCUCAAUUACUCGGUUUUUUGUUUUAAUUCAAAAUCAAAAGCAGACAAUGCUUUGAAAAUAGCUAAGCAAGCAUACGAAGAAGCAUUAGCCGAUUACGAUCAAUUGCACAAUGAAGAAAUGCGUCGUGAUGCGCAUGCAUUGAUGAAAUCUCUCCAAAACAAUAUGAAACACUUUGCCAAAGGUCCUGGCAGUGAUGUCGAAGAAAUAUAA